GGAGGCGGCCAGCACAGCACCGCACAGGCACCGCCCCAGUUAAAACGGAGAGGAGGAGGGGGGAGAAAGCGGGUGACGGCCGUGCCACUCGUGUUGACCCACCCCUGCCUCCUGCCCCCGCGCUCCACGUCAAAACCAAGGCGGCGGCAGCGGGGUGGGAGAGCCGGGAGCACCGACCGACACCGGGGGCUGCAUGCGGAGCUGAGGCGAGGCGAGGAGAGAUCCGGCGCGGGUGCCACCGCCGCCCGCCCGCGGGAGAUCUGGUUGGCGGCGCCGCCGCCCGGACAAGGAAGCGGCCGCGGAGGCGGCGUGGGGCGAGCUGCCGGGGAGGCCGACGAAGCUAGAGGAGAUCUCUCUCUCCCUUCCUCCCUCCUCUUCCGCCUCGAUGGAGACCGGGGGUAGCAAGCGGGAAGGAGACUGCCCCGGGCAGGAAAGGACGAAGAAAGUGCGCAGGAGAACCACUGGUCCAGAUUCGGUUGCUGAAACUAUCAAGAAGUGGAAGGAGCAAAACCAGAAGCUCCAGCAAGAGAAUGGAUCCCGGAAAGCGCCCGCCAAGGGUUCCAAGAAAGGGUGCAUGGCAGGGAAAGGAGGUCCAGAGAAUUCAAACUGCGCUUACCGCGGUGUGAGGCAGCGCACGUGGGGCAAAUGGGUGGCUGAGAUCCGUGAGCCCAACCGUGGCAACCGGCUGUGGCUUGGUUCAUUCCCUACCGCAGUCGAAGCUGCACGUGCAUAUGAUGAUGCCGCAAGGGCAAUGUAUGGCGCCACAGCGCGUGUCAACUUCCCAGAGCAUUCCCCAGAUGCCAACUCUGGUUGCACGAUGGCACCUUCACUGCUGACGUCUAAUGGGGCAACCGCUGUGUCACAUCCGUCUGAUGGGAAGGAUGAAUCAGAAUCUCCUCCUUCUCUUGUCUCAAAUGCGCCGACAGCUGCGCUGCAUCGGUCUGAUGCCAAGGAUGAGUUUGAGUCUGCAGGGACUGUGGCGCAUAAGGUGAAAACAGAAGUGAGCAAUGAUUUGGGAAGUACCCAUGAGGAGCACAAGGCCCUGGAAGUAUUCCAACCAAAAGGGAAGGCUUUACAUAAAGAAGCGAACAAACUCGGGGUAGCGCUUAGGGUUGGCAUUAAAUUGAGGCAUAUUAGGAAGUCAUAUUUCUGCAGGUGUUACUAUAUAGUAUUGAAUUAUUGUAGAAAGGUGCAGCCACACAAACCUACUGAUUCGUGUCCACAAAACAGAGUGGCUGAAAGCAGCCUUCCGAUGGAAGACAGAGGUCGAUCCACUGGCCAUACAAGACGAAGAUGUUCAUCAUCGUUAAGGAGUGAGCCCAUUCCAACUAUUUAUCCCGAACAGCGCAAGAGCAUGCUUCGAGAUGGCGGACCCAUUAGCAUUCAGAAAGAAGAUCUAGCUUUGAGACAAUUAAAGGUUAAGCAACGCCCAGUUAAGAAACUUCAGAGAUUGCCAGAUAGGUGCCAUCCUGAUUUUGACAUUGACCAUUUAUAUUCUAUCAACAAGCUCCUGGAGUCCUGGUCUAAAUCUCAUGACUCUGUUCUUGUUGAUCAUAAGGAACAUAUAUUAAAGACCAUCUUAUUCACAACGGUUGUAUUACCUGAUGCUCAUCAACCUUUUCUGAUUGUCACUACUCCUGCUUCUCUCUCCUUAUGGAAGGUUCAGUUCAAUAAGUUCGCACCACAUAUCAAUGUUGUUGUGCAUGAUGGGCGGAAAGACAUGCCCAAGUUGAUUCAAGCUCAGGAGUUCUACGAGAACAGAAGCAACAUAAUGUCGCAAGUUCUCUUAUCCCAUCCUGAUGCUAUCUUAGAGGACAUUAAGCCUAUUGCACGUAUUGGUUGGGAGGCAAUUAUAGUUGAUUAUUAUCAACACUUGGCUCUAAAAUAUCUGGAACAGCUGAAGCAACUUUGUACUGAUUUUAGAGUGUUGCUUGUGAGCUCCCCAAUUAAGGAUGUCCCUGAGUACAUGAACAUGCUAGCUUUCCUUAGUUCGGGACAGAAAGAUAAUAGCGGAUAUGUUGACACUGCUGAUGCCAUUGAUAUGUCCAAAAUAAGAUUUGCACAUCAUAUUGCAUAUGAGCGCAAAGCAGAUUCUUCAAAAUUCGUAGAGCACUGGGUUCCUGCUUACAUUUCACAAGUGCAGCUAGGGGUCUAUUGUUCCGUUCUGCUGUCAAAUUCGUCUGUCCUCCAGUCUAAGAAGAAAGCUGAUAGUGUUGAAGCUCUUCGGGACAUUCUCUUGUCUCUCUCAAAGUGCUGUAAUCACCCUUGCCUCCUUCGUGAAUGUCUGGAAGUUUCACCUGUCAACAAUCCCGAUAUGACUGAAACAAUAGAUAUCGGAGUGCAUGCAAGCGGCAAGCUACUACUUCUUGACAAAAUGCUUAAAGAGAUCAGCAACAGGAGGUUGAGAGUCAUUGUUCUUUUUCAGUCUGGUGGAGCAGGUGCAAACCCCAUGGGUGACAUUCUGGAAGGUGUUGUGUGUCACAGAUUUGGCCCUGAGUCUUACGAACGUGUCAAAUGUGGUGCAGUGAUGUCAAGUAAACAGGCGGCAAUCGAUAUGUUCAAUGACAAGACCAAUGGGAGAUUUGUUUUACUGAUUGAAAGUCGUGCAUGCCUCCCAAGCAUUAAGCUACUAUCAGUUGAUGCAGUCAUCAUAUAUAAUAGCGAUUGGAACCCACCUAAUGACCUGAAAGCUCUUCAAAGAAUCAGCAUAGAGUCACAACUUAAGUAUGUGAGCAUUUUCCGAUUAUAUACUCCUUUCACAGUGGAGGAGAACAACUUUGUGCUUGCAAAGCAGGGCAUGCUUAUUGAUAGUAACAUCCAGGACGUAAUGCGUAGUUCAAGCCAUUCCUUGCUCAGUUGGGGUGCACAAUUUCUCUUCACCAGAUUUGAUGAGCUUCUGCAAGAUAGACAUGCAAGUAAGCGUUCUGAAAUGGACAACAACUUUAUGGAUAAAGUGAUUUUAGAGUUCUUAACAAAAUUACCCACAAAUACAGAAGACAGCUCCAAAAUAAACAGUGUGUACAUAUCGAAAGCUAAUAUGAGUGGGGAUUUUUAUUCAAGAAGCAUUACUGUAAUUGGUGAAAAGGAGGGAGCCUCUAUGCCGGAUGGGGAUCCAUCUGUAUUUUGGUUAAAUUUACUGGAUGGAAAAUCUCCUUGUUGGAGCUAUAUAUCUGAGCUAACACAAUCAAUCAAUAGAAUGCUACAGAACAUUGAAGAACCAGCCCCAGUUGCUGCCAAAGAAACUGAUGAAGCUACAAAUGUGUUGAUCACACAGCAAAGAGAAUGCCAUGUGUCUUUCACACAGCAAAGAGAAUGCCAUGGUUCAGUUGAUGAAUAUCCCAACAUGGCUGUGGAGAAAAGAGUUGAUUUAGUUGAUGAUGUUUUCUCUUUUGGAGAAAAUAAUAUCCUUCAUAAACAACAAGUUGAGACAUCAGAUUUAGUGACACAUUCACAGAAUAAACAAAUCCCAAGAAUUGGAGCAACUCAGAUUUGUGGAUCGAGCAUGCACAUGCAACAAAUUAGAAAUUUGCCUGCCCAACAAAGUUCAGCAACCUCGCCCCAUCCACCUGCAGAAGCAGAACCAGCAGGUAUUCCUGGCAUAGAGGCCACGCCCUGUUUACAGUCAAUGCAGUAUCAACCUACAGAGGCGGAAUGGGGAGGUAUACUGGGCGCAUUAGCAGCCCAUGAUUCACAGCCUGAAAUGCAACCGUCAACCUCAAUGCAGGGUGUUUUAUUUGAAAAGACUGAUCUGUCUGGCAUGCCUUUGCUAGGUCAUGCAGGAGAAGAACCAGCAGGCACUUUGGGCAUGGUGACAACUGAUAAGCUGCAGUCUGAAAUACAACAAUCAGCCACAGUACAUGAUCGACUUACAGAAGCAGAAGGAACAGGUACGUUGGGCACCUGGGCACUUCAGAGUUUGCACCCUGAAAUGCAAACAUCAACCUCAAUGCAUCAUGUCCCUCUUCAAAGAGCACACUCUGAAGGCAGGAGCCAAAUACGAUUUCAGCCAAAUACAUCACCUGGUCCUGAGCAGCUCAACCAACUCCUUUCUUUCGAGGAAGAGCUCAACCAACUCCUAUGUACCAGUAACCAACCACUGGAAGAUAUGUUGGAAAUGUACGAACAUCACAGCAAUUUGCUUAGAGAAGCCCAUGAACAGAAGAAAUCACAACUUCUAAUAGAGCGUCAUCGAGAAAUAGAAAAGGUGAACAUAAAAUAUUACUCAUUACUCCGAAAAGAAGGUCCCAGUUUAUCUCACAGCCAGAUGGGACUUAUUGAUAGCUACAAGGAAGCUUAUGUGAGCAGUUCUCCAUCUCAAGAUUUUCUAGGGGAAGUUGCACCAUCAUCUGCAGCUCAAGGGAGAUCCGAGAGGCCUGCAGUGGUGCCGCCACUUAAGUCUUCUUCACCAGCUCAAACCACAGCAUCACCAGUUGAGCCGUCAUACGAUCACCAGUGAUAGCUUUGUUUCUUUCACCAGUACGUUAUGUCCAACCACAAUCUAUUGUACCUGAUAAUCUUCAUGGAGCAAAAUCACCACCUUACACUCCAGCGCCUCCGCCAAAUGGUGGAGGAGCACAUUCACCUCCAGCCACUUCUCAUCUCCAGGAGCACAUGACCAAGUGGUGACAUGGAUCUGUGGGCAGGUUCCGGUUGACCUCCAUGAAAAAAAUGAUUGUUUUUUUGUAAGCAUGCUGAUGGAUGUUGAGGCAACUAUCAUAGUGUUUUUUCCAUUUUAUUUUCUUCUCUGUUCUUAUAGAAAAAGAGCUUUAAACCUGCAUCACACAAAAAUCAAUGUGACAUGUGAUUACUCCAAA